ACAAAGCGGAAGUGUCAUGGCGCCGUGCAUCGUUGUUAGCACUGUCAGAAAACGCACUAGCAGCAAACAAUUUAUAACUUGGUUUGUAAAUUAUAAAAUAAGGACCACGGAGGAAAAAUAAACUCAGGAUGGCAGACUCGGGUGACCCUAGUGGUCAGCAUCUCCCAACUCCUGGAGCCAGCAGGGGACUGCCGAUGGGCCGGCGACCAUCAGCCGGCAUCUCUUCUGGCCGUUUUCCCACAAUGCGAUCGAGAGACCUCACCCUGGGAGGAGUAAAGAAGAAAACAUUUACACCCAACAUUAUUGGCCGAAAAGUUAAAGAAGAACUGAAAGUUGAAGGUGGGCAGAGGCGAGAUCAGAGGGAUGCCGGUCGAGGUCGGGGCCCAAGGGAUAGAGGCAGGGGCCGCGGUCGCCAAGAUACCAUCCAGUCCCACUCAAUUUUUGAGCAGGGCCCGGCAGAGAUGAUGAUGAAAAGAAGAGGUGGCUAUGAAAGUGAGAGAGAUGCUCCAAGCAUGGGACCUUCACCCAUCAUCAAUAUUAAAAAAGAGAAGAGGGAGACUGAAGAGGAGACCAAAGAGAUUUUGCGCAAGCUGGAGCGAGACAACUUUAUAGAUGACCCAUUUCUGAGAAGUGAGCAGAGGAGCUGCCCUGUCCAGCUUCCCCUUGCUGUGUCAGGAUGGGGAUUCAAGGAGGAAUUUAGUCAUGUUGCUGUUAAACUGGAGAAAACGGAGAUUGAUGUUGAAGCCAUGGAGUCUGCAGUUGUAGUGAAACAAGAGCCAGAGGAAGGUGACAUAAAAAAGACUGAGGCAACUUUCAGGCGUCCUCCGCUGCCUGAGCCUGAAGUUCUUCCUGACCUGCUGCAUAGAUGGAGUCUGAGUAAAGGAGAGGAGCUGUUCUUCAUUCAGCUGCCUGACUCGCUGCCCGGCCAGCCUCCCACCAAAGAGCACAGACCGGUGAAAACUGAGGUGCAGUCAGAGGAUGGACAGUCCGUACUUCUGAAGGAAUCUCAGGAAGAGGACACAGAAGAAAACAGCUGCAGUUUGAAAGAUCUGCGAGAAGGUGUUGUGGGAAAGAUGCUGGUGCGUAAGUCUGGUCGGGUACAGCUCAUGCUGGGACAGGUGACAUUUGAUGUGUCUCUAGGAGCAUCAUGCUCGUUCCUUCAGGAGCUGGUUUCUGUCAAUACAGAGGGAAAAACUGGCAACUUGACUGUGUUAGGAAAUAUCAAACACAAAAUGGUUUGCUCCCCAGACUUUGAGGCUCUUCUGGAGAACAGUGCCUGAUUCUCAUAGAAGCAGAACCAGAAGCAGGACUGGGUCAUUUCUGGCAAACAGAUGCACUUGUGGUGAUGUUCACAGUAUAAUAAUUAUCUGAACUUGCCCCUUUGGAUCCUAGCUUCUUAUCACGGAAGUUAAUUCCCUUUAUGAUUUUUCUGAAUAUGUAUUAUUAUAAUAAUGUACACUUAUUUGAAAAAUGAUAUACAGAAAAGGUUUUAUUUUCCUCAUGAGGAAUAAGCUUAUUACUUCAUGGUUCAAAGCUUGAAAGCAGCUGCCAAGUUUUGUGUUGUUUUUGUUUCUGAAAUUACUUGAAAAAAACUACAUGGCUGUAAAUGUGUGAAUAAAAAGGCUUUUGUUACUCCAGUGUAUACAAUUUUAAGGGUUGGUUCACUUGAAAUGACAGAAAUGCUGUAUGUACAUUUCUUUUGUUGAUUUAUAUUUCAAUACAGAUGUCCAACUAUGCAGUUAAAAUGUUGGUUUUAUUUCUUUGUUAUAUAUGUCUGUGUGUUGCCUUUCAGUUUCUGCUGAAUUGAACAUGGAAAAGGAAAAUACUGGACAAAUUUAAAAAAGGUUGCAUAGA